GUUUGUCCCUUCGGAGGCGCCGUCCCCCGCUGCGCCCGGCCCGGGUCACGUGAGCAAGACGCGCCCCGGGCCUGGGGCGGAGCAGGAGGUGUUGAGUUGCGGGAUCCCGGACCGGGCUGGCGGCAUGGAGGCCACCUUGGAGCAGCACUUGGAGGAUACAAUGAAGAAUCCAUCCAUUGUUGGAGUCCUGUGCACAGAUUCACAAGGACUUAAUCUGGGCUGCCGUGGGACCCUGUCAGAUGAGCAUGCCGGGGUGAUAUCUGUUCUAGCCCAGCAAGCAGCUAAGCUGACCUCAGACCCCACUGAUAUCCCUGUGGUAUGUCUAGAAUCAGAUAAUGGGAACAUCAUGAUCCAGAAACACGACGGCAUCACGGUGGCGGUGCACAAGAUGGCCUCCUGAUGGCUCAUGGCGGUUCUCCAGCAGCCUGUCGUCGGGGCUCGAUCCCGCCUGUGUAAAUUAUCUUAGACAACUACACCAGUCCCAAUAGUCAGGCCAUUUAUUUCGUGUGCAUUGGGCACUUUUCUCUUAAUUUUAGAGUAAGCUUCUUUUGGACACUCAAUGGACUAACUUAUCCAAAUAUUAGUAAGAAAGGAUCAUGUUUUGAAGCAGCAGGUCCCAGUCACUUUGUACAUAGAAUUUUCUUACAUUCAAUAAAUCUGGUCAGAGGAAAGCUUGGCUCUUUUCUGGAUUGUUUAAAUUCUUAGCAAAUGUUCAUUUUUUUGGAUUACCAAAUUAUAAUUUUUUAAAAAUCUUUGCUCCAAGUCCAUCUCUUCUCUCUCAGAAGCUUCCUGAACUACAGACAGUCUCACACAAGUGUCUAUGGAUACUGAAAACUAAUUAAGCCUAUUCCCAUCCCAUAACAGCUAUUAUCAUUAAGUACCUAUUAGAUACCACAAAUUCAUGUAAUUCUCACUGAUAACCCUAUAUGAACUCUUAGCUGUCCCAUUUUGCCUUUGUCUAACUAAGGCUAAGGGAUUCGCUGAGUAACUCGGGGACGCCUGGGCAGCUCAGACAGUUAAGUGUCCGCCUUGGGCUCAUACCAUGAUCCCAGAGUCCUGGGAUCAAGUCCCACAUCGGGCUUUCUGCUUGUUGGGGAGUCUGCUGCUCCCUCUCUCCUCUGCCCCCCACCCUGCUCAUGUUCUCCCUCUCUCUUGCACUCUCAAAUAAGUAAAUAAAAUCUUUAAAAAAAAAAAAAA